AUGGAUUGCACUAAUUUUGAGAACAGUGUUGAGUACAGUGUCUCUAUAAGCCAGCACUCAACCUCUCGGCCGCUUACCGCUGAGCUAACCCGCACUAAAGUCCUCCGCAAAAAAAUCCAUCUCUUCAUGGACGAAAGAAAACCUUUAGUGUCUCUACCCGAUCAAAACAUCGAACAUCACACCAGCUUUAUUCCACUACUGAACGAACCCACUAACUCCACAAACAUUCAAACCGUCGUCGGCAGUAUCGUUCGUCAUUGUCCCAACGAAGCCACCAUUAUCUCCAGACCAAGCAAGAGCACUACUAAUUACUACUCACUAGACUACACCAGAAUAUCAGAUAUCAUGAGCAGCUUCGGCGUCACCAAAUACGGUUGCUCCACCAUCUUGCGCGAUAUCGACAAGGCUGUUAAAUCAUCACCAUCGAGAGGCAGAGGAAUGGUUGAAAUCAAGAUUUGGAGGAUCAGGACUGAGGUUUAUAAAUUCAACAGAGCUGCAGAGAGGUUGUUGCUCGAGAGCUACAAUCCACCGGGGUACAGGUCGGAUGUACCUAUAGUUUUGGAUUUGAUGAGGGAGGAGAAGCAAGAAUGCGUGAUUUGCAUGGAAAGUCAUUAUUCUUCGUACGGAUCAGUAGUGACUAAAUUGCCAUGUAACCAUGACUUUCAUGGAGUUUGCAUCUACGAGUGGUUGCAACUCAAUCGUCUGUGUCCCUUGUGUCGAUCGCCAAUUUCUAAAGGUGUUCAAUCCGGAUUUCAGUUCUGUUUUGGUUCGGUUGUUCAGUUUGUAAAAUUAUGA